GCAUCUCCAACACAAAAACAACGAAAUAUAUGUCACCCUUUAGCAUGAUGAAAUGCAUACACUCACAUAUCGACACACAAAAAAAAAAAAAAAUGAGCCAAGAUCAACCUCAAAGGCCUGAAAGAGAGCAGCCCCUAAAAUACGGAGACUGUUUUAAUGUAAAAGGUGACUUAGCUGAUCAACCAAUUGCACCACAAGAUGCAGCCAUGAUGCAAAGUGCUGAAGCCAUGGUAUUUGGGAAAAACCAAAAGGGUGGUCCUGCCUCUGUUAUGCAGGCUGCUGCCGCCAAAAACGAAAGAAGUGGACAUGUUAGUCAUGACGCUACCACUCAACUUGCUGGUGAUGAAGGCAUUACUGUGGCUGAAACCAAACUCCCCGGCAGACGUAUAAUUACCGAAUCAGUUGCUGGACAGGUAUUGGGGCAAUAUGUUGAGCCUCUUCCAGUAACAGCAGCCGCAGCAACAGGAGGAGAUGUGGAGGAAGCACCUAUAACAAUAGGAGAAGCUCUGGCGGCAACAGCCCUUACAGCAGGGGAGAAACCGGUGGAACAGAGCGAUGCAGCCGCUAUACAAGCGGCUGAAGCUAGAGCCACCGGUUCUAGUGUCGUGACCCCUGGAGGAUUAGCUGCAACAGCUCAAUCAGCAGCAUCGGCAAAUGAAGGAUUGGCUCAAGAUGUGGAUAAAAUCAAAUUAAACGAUGUCUUAACUGGCGCGGCUGCAAAAUUACCGGCUGAUAAAGCAACGACAAGGCAAGAUGCGCAAGGGGUGAUGGAGGCGGAGCUGCGGAAUAAUCCAACCCUAACAGCUUAUCCUGGUGGAGUAGCUGCAUCUGUGGCUGCAGCUGCAAGACUAAAUGAAAAAAGUUCAUAAUUAAACUUGGCUUACAAUGUGUAUAAUAUUUUCUUCGUUAAUUAGCUUUUUCCUUUUCUUGUUUUGGUACUUUGUAAUUAGUUGUUAAGCUGUGUAAAAGUCCCAUAAAUUAGUUAAGGUUAGCUGCUGCAUCAUGUAAAUAAAUAAUAUAAUGCUCAACCCGAAAAUAAUAUUUUACUAAAUAAGAGAAUUGUGUUUUUUAAACCAA